AUGAGUAAGGAAAAAACGUGUGGUGAGAGAAACAGAGAAUUGAAAAGAAAUAUUUUUCCAAAAGCAUUACCGUAUAUCACUUGUUCUUCAUUUUCGGUAACCCAAAAUCGUCCCAAUUAUUCACCGAAACACAAAACCGAUUUCAUAUCUUUGAAGUUCGUUGAGUCCAGGUCACAAAUAUCCAAGGUUCGUUUCAUUCCGGCGUCGUUUCACCGAUCAAAAGCGACAUUGAAGUCAGGUACUCACGAAGGCAGCCAGCACUGCGUCGGUGACGGUUUCCAGCUUUCGGUCGAUCAUUUGGACGAUCAGAAGUUCAUCCUCUUCACACAAGGAAACAUGGAUUUUGGACGGAGAAGUGUGAAAAAGUACAAUCUCGUCAAUCCAAAGAUAGAUGAACUAAAGAAACUGGUUUCUUCGAUCGCAGAUCCUAUUGGUUUCAGAGACAGAUAUGGGGCACUUAUAUCUUUAUUGACACUUAGGAUGGAAGAAUAUUGCAGACAUUAGUACAGUUCUAUGAUCCAGUCUAUCACUGUUUCACAUUCCCAGACUAUCAACUCAUGCCUACAUUGGAAGAGUAUGCCCAGUUGCUUCACAUCCCAGUUGCUGAUACAGUACCUUUCUCUGGUUCAGAAAAGUUACCCGAGCACAGUUCUCUUGCAAAAGUGUUGUACAUGAAGAAGUCAGAAUUCAAGAAUAACUUCACCACCAAAGGAGGACUUCCAGGUUUCACUGCCAAGUUCUUAAUGGGGAAGGUUUCUUAUUUUGCCAGUCAAGGUUGUGAUAUUAUUGUGGAGCAUCUGUUCGCCUUGUUGAUCUACGGUUUGUUACUAUUUCCUAAUAUUGAAGGUUUUGUGGAUUCAUAUGCUAUACGCAUCUUCUUAAGUGGUAAUCCUGUUCCAACUUUGCUCGGAGACACCUAUCAUUCCAUCCAUUACCGUACUUUGAAAGAAGGAGGAACCAUAGUCUGCUGUAUACCGUUACUCUACAAAUGGUUUGUCUCUCAUCUUCCUAAGUCAGCUACUUUUUGGGAUCGCAAGUCAGGACUUCAGUGGUCACAGAGGAUUAUGUCUCUUACCCAGUCAGAUAUUGCAUGGUAUA